GUGUAGGCUGGUCGUCGUUGCUGCUGCGUAGGGUACGAGCACGGCGGGUGGGGGUGUUUCCUGUUCUCCCGGCAUCCUCUGCGCGGUCAGUAUUCCUUCCUCUCCCCACAUCCUCCUCCUUCUCCCCGCUCUGCCUGUGUCGGUAAGAUGGCGGCGACUGUGAGUCUGCGACAAGGAGACCUGGUGUGGGGGAAACUGGGUCGGUAUCCGCCGUGGCCUGGAAAGAUCGUCAAUGCGCCCAAAGAUUUAAAGAAGCCGCGCGGCAAGAAAUGCUUGUUCGUGAAAUUUUUUGGAACUGAAGAUCACGCCUGGAUCAAGAUGGAGCAGCUGAAGCCGUAUCAUGCCCACAAGGAGGAGAUGAUUAAAGCGAACAAAGGCAAGCGCUUCCAGCAAGCAGUGGACGCAGUGGAGGAGUUCCUGAAGAAAGUGAAGGCAAAGCAGGAACAGAACUCGGGUGACGACAAAGGGAAGAAAGCAGAAGGUAAAUCUAAGAAGCAGGCUGGAGAAAAGAAGAGGAAGUCCUCAGAGUCCAGGCCACCUACCAAGAAAUCCCGCGACCAGAGCCCACGUAAACGUGGACGGCCACCCAAGGAGGAAAAGGACACCACGUCCCCCCAGCCUAGCUCACUGAAGAAACUGGCAAUGAAGACUGUGUCUCGGUUCAGCUGGCCCCCACCCACGAGUGAGGAGGACACAGCGGGUGACAGCUGGCUGCUACACGGGCACAGGACACUUGGCACAGAGAUGGUGUUGAAAAAGCCCAGCGUCACGUACCAGGCCAUCAGCAAACGGCUGAAAGUAUCAGAAGAGGUCACAGGCUCAACCUCAAUCCAGGCAGCAGACAGCACAGCUAUCAACGGCAACAUCACACCCACAGACAAGAAGAUCGGAUUUCUCGGUUUGGGCUUAAUGGGCAGCGGCAUCGUAUCCAACCUGCUAAAGAUGGGGCACACGGUGACCGUAUGGAACCGGACUGCGGAGAAGAACGCGUCUGGAGGAAUUCACAGUGAAGUGUGGGAUCCCGAUGAGAACAGCAAGUGCGACUUGUUCAUUCAGGAAGGAGCACAUUUAGGCAGAACUCCAGCGGAGGUGGUCUCUACCUGCGACAUCACAUUCGCCUGCAUGGCAGAUCCCAAAGCAGCAAAGGAUCUGGUGUUGGGGCCCAGCGGGGUGCUGCAAGGGAUCCGUCCAGGAAAGUGUUACGUGGAUAUGUCUACGGUGGACCCAGAGACUGUGACGGAGCUGGCACAGGUCAUAGUGUCUCGGGGCGGCCGCUUCCUGGAAGCCCCCGUGGCCGGUAACCAGCAGUUAUCAAAUGACGGCAUGCUGAUGAUCGUGGCAGCCGGGGACCACGGCGUCUAUGAAGAUUGCAGCAGCUGCUUCCAGGCCAUGGGCAAGACCUCCUUCUUUCUGGGGGAGGUGGGGAACGCAGCCCGGAUGAUGCUCAUCAUUAACAUGGUCCAGGGCAGUUUCAUGGCCACGAUAGCAGAAGGCAUGACCUUGGCGCAGGUGACCGGCCAGUCCCAGCAGACCCUGCUGGACAUCCUGAUCCAGAGCCAGCUCUCCAGUAUUUUCCUGGACCAAAAGUGCCAAAACAUCCUGCAGGGGAACUUCAAACCAGACUUCUAUCUAAAGUACAUCCAGAAGGACCUGAGGCUCGCCAUCGCCAUGGGAGACUCCGUCAACCAUCCUACCCCUAUGGCCGCCGCAGCCAACGAGGUCUACAAAAGAGCGAAAGCAUUGGACCAAUCUGACAACGACAUGUCCGCCGUGUACAGGGCCUACAUCCAUUAGUAGCUCCUUCUCCGCCUCUGUCCCUUCUUUGUAGAUCUCCUCCUCUUCUCAUUGAGCACCAGCCUCUAGCUGUCCACGGACUGUCGCCACGUCGGCUCCUCUCCAGGCAGCGGUGCCGGACUCGCUCCGGCCUUGCACUAAUGGCGACAGUCCCUCCACCGUUCUCUCCGCAGUGGGGCCCUCCUGGUGCGCAGAACUUGUAGUUGGAGUGAGCCCCUCCCUACCCCCGAUGCAAGCUCCCCUCGAGGACCCCCACCCCCCCACUUCACUGCUGAAGGACAUACGAACGUUACCUUGUAGACACAAGAACGCCGGUCCUCCAGAUGACUACUUUCUUGGAAGAUUUGCCUAGUUGUACAGUGCACAAGAUUAUUAUUUUUUUUAUGUUAGGAUCCCCCCCCGCAUCUCAGUCACCCCUCGGCAGCGCUCUGUGAUCACCCCCUUUUCCCCUAUGGACCGUACUAUAAAGAUGGGGUGCGGUAAGUGCAACCACCGGAGACUACAGCUCACCUGAGGACUGUCGUGCACCCUUUACAGCAGUGGUUUCCAACCUGUGGCCCUCCAGCGCUAGUAAAA